AUGGGGGUACCUCCUAGGUACUGUGCGAUCAACGAGAUGGCGUCAAAGCACCAUCCCAACCUCGUCCGGCUGCUGGGAUACUGCGUUGAGAUCAACGAGAUGGCGUCAAAGCACCACCCCAACCUCGUGCGGCUGCUGGGAUACUGCAUCGAGGUGGACAAGGCAGCUGAGAGCACGGAGCAAAUACUCAUUUAUGAGUUUAUGGACAAUGGAGAUCUCGAGCGGUGGAUCGGACCAGGUGUUGAGAAGCCGCUGACCUUGCGGCAACGUUUUGAUGUGCUCAUCGGGGUGGCUCAGGGCCUGCAGUACCUCCACGGCUUCAAUAUUGUUCACCGAGAUAUUAAGCCCGCCAACAUCCUGCUCGACAAGAAGAUGCAGGCCAAGAUAGCUGACUUUGGGCUCGUAAGGAUGGGCGAGGGCACUGCAGUGGGUCAUACGCGAGUCAUGGGAACACCGGGCUAUGUGGACCCUGCUUACUUCAAGUCGCAGAAGGCCACUCCAGCAGCAGACGUGCACAGCUUUGGAGUGGUGAUGCUGACAGUCAUCACUGCCCGCAAGGCUUUGGACUAUCUUGACGACAACCAAGUCAACCUGAAGAAAUGGGCCGAGGAUGCAGAUGCUAUCAAGGACCCACGUCUGGACGCCCCCAGCGACGUCAUUCUGAAUCUCACCCGCUUCGCCCUCUCCUGCACCGCCACGCCCGUCGCCACCCGCCCCUCCAUGCCGCGCAUUCUCUCCGACCUCAUCGCCAUGAAAGAGGAGUUUCUUGGCGCUGACGUGGAUCCAGUGCUGGUGAAUAUUGAUAGUGACUUGGCGGACCGCAAGGGGUCGAGCUUCUCGCAGGAGAUUCGGCGGGCACAUAAGGUGGCCUCAGAGCGUGAAGGGGUGUCGGGUUUGAGCGCUGGGAUGGUGUCAAUCGGGGAAGUGGAUUCCUCUGAUAGCGGCAUAUGA